GACCCGUACAGGGGGACGUCUCCAAUGUCUGCGGCCGCAGCGAGACCCUACUCAGCGGACUAGUCGAGCAUCUUGGGCGUAUUGCUGCCCUCCACUGGUUCUUAACGGGAUUUCCUCGUUUUGUCCUAUGGCCCACACUACAUUCUACAUUACAGUAGGUGACGCUCUCAACCUUUACUAACAGUUAGUAGAAGAAGAAGAAGACAAAUCGCUGUUUGUUUGUUUGUUUUUCUCCCGCGAGAUCUGACCACAUUGUGUGAACAAAACAGAACGAAGACGUACACAACUAUGUAGUUUAAUAGAUUAAACACCGUUGAUUAAUGUUUGUAUUCGGAUACAUUAGUGCGUGCGCCAUUUUAAGCUCAUCGUACUAGCUUAACUUGCUAGUUAGCUUUGCUUGUUAGCUGCUAACACGUGUUGUGAACGUGUGAAAAUGUGCGAAAGAACGAUCGCAGAAUACGAGGAGGAACUUUGUCCAACAAAAGAGGAGAAGGAGCGACAACAUCAACUACUGGACGCUGUUUUCAUGAAACAUCAAGUUGUGUUACACAGAACAGAUGUUCAGCAGCCUCCCCACAUUAAAAAGGAAGAGAAGGAAGUGUGCCUCAGUCAAGAGGGAGACUGUUUUCCUGGGCGGCAGGAGGCUGAUCUCACUGUUGUUUCUGUGAAGAUUGAAGACCAUGAGGAAAAACCACCUCAGUCCUUCCAGCUUCAUCACAGUCCAACCAUUACAUCAGAAUGUGGUGGACCACUUGAAUGCUCAGAUCAAAAGGAGUCGUACAGCACCCAGCAGGAUUUGGACUUGAUCCUGAACCAAGUGAACCCUUGUGACUCCGAUGGAGAAGACAUAGCCCUUCAGCUGAGUUCAGACUCUGAAAUUUCUUCUGAUGAGGAGUCUUUACCGCCACCAGAAAAGAGAGGUCGACUGGAGACAAACACUUGGCCAACAGAAAAAGCAAAAGACGGCACAGUGUGGUGUGAAGAACAAGUCGGUAAACCUCUUCCUCACAGCCCAAUUGAAUCUUUCGCCACAGAUGGAGAGCCAUCUGCUUUGGUCCGAAAAACGGUGUCGAGUCGCUUACAGAGCUUCCUCUGUUUAGUCACUCCUGACAUGCUUCGAACCAUUCAGGAGUGUACUGUUCAGCAUGGACGCCAUACACAGCAUGGAAAUUGGUUCAUGGACCUUUCUGAACUUAUGGCGUUUAUUGCCAUCCUCAUCCUGCGCGGGGUGGUCAGACUUCCAUCGUUGAAAGACGCAUGGUCAGCAAAGCUGGGACACCCACUGAUCAUCAGCAUUAUGGCCCGAAACCGCUACCAAGACAUCAUGCGACACCUACGCUUCGAUGACAAGGACACGCGCAGUGAAAGAGUUGGAACUGACAGGUUUGCCGCAAUCUCCGAUGUUUGGGGAUCUUUUGUUGCCAACUGCAUCACGUCCUACACACCAGGCAGGUACAUCACCAUUGGCGAGCAACUUUUUCAAACUAAGACCCGCUGCUGUUUCCUGCAGUACAUUGCAGCGAAACCUCACAAGAUUGGCAUCAAGUUCUGGGUGGCAUGUGACUCGAAGUCCAAGUAUGUGUGCAAUAUCAUCCCAUAUCUUGGCAAGGACCCCAGUUGUCCUAGGGGGGAUAGGCUGUCAGAAAAUGUGGCGAUGAAGCUCAUGGAACCAUUCAUGGACAAAGGAAGAACGGUUACCACAGACAAGGUCUUCACAUCAUUGUCACUUGCGCAAAGACUGCUCAGCCGGAAGACAACCCUCCUCGGCACAGUAAACAAGACUCGCCGGGAGCUUCCGAAUUCAGCGAAAGAGACUCUGGGCCUCAAGGAAUUCAACACUCGAGUGUUUUCAACUUCUGGUGCCACACUGACGGUUUAUGCGCCAAAACAGAGUAAGACCGUCUGCAUCCUCAGCAGCAUGCACAGAGUGGUGGAGACUCGGCACACCCGUAAAAAAAAGCCAAACACACUCUCCGACUUUAAUAGCAGGAAGGGCGGCGUGGAGGUGAUGGACCAGAUGGUGCGAGAGUACACUGUGCGCUCAGGAACACGGCGAUGGCCAGUCGCUGUGUUUUACAACAUGAUUGACAUUGCGGUGCUGAACGCAUACGUGCUUUACCAGGCAUGCACUGGGGUCAAAGAAAGACGGCUGGACUUCCUGGUGGAGCUGGCAAGCGAGCUUGCUGAGUCAUUUGUGGGAGUCAAAAAGGCGAAUAAGGGCAACCUUCUUCGCCAACAACCUCCCACGCCUGGCCAAGGGAAAAGGGCAAAGUGCCAGGUGAACUGUCGGUGCAAGAACAAUCACGCCACUGUGCGCUGUGUUGAUUGCUACAAGUACACGUGUGGCAAAUGCAGGAAGGAGAUGGAGUGGCAGUGCCAAGUCUGUUCAGACAAUGUCGAGGGUUGAAGCGCAGACUCACCCGUCUCGUGGGAAUGCAUUGGGUGUUAUUCUUUAUUACUUGAUCCGCAUACUGCACAAAUGUGUCUUUUUAUAUUUCAUUGAAGUCAUUUCUGAGUGAAAUAAGUCUUGUUGGAAUCUUGUGCAUCAGCAUUAAAUCCGACCAAGAAAUUAAAAACAAA